CACCAUCACGUGACAAGGGCACUGACAGCGAAGAGGCGGUGCCUGGCACAGUUACGCUCGUUUUGGGUCCUGAAGGGAAGAUUUCAACAUGUCGCUGGAGGACCCGUUCUUCGUCGUUAAGGGGGAGGUGCAGAAGGCCCUGUCCCGGGCGCGGGGCCUGAUGGAGCGCUGGGAGGAGCUCCUGCAGGAGGGCACGCCCGUCAGCCGGGACGAGCUGGACUGGAGCACCAACGAGCUGCGCAACUGCCUGAGGGCCAUCGACUGGGACCUGGAGGACCUGCAGGAGACCAUCAGCAUCGUGGAGUCCAACCCUGGGAAGUUUCGCCUGGGGGAGAACGAGCUCCAGGAGCGGAAGGAGUUUGUGGAGAGGACGCGGCAGUCUGUCCAGGAGAUGAAGGAUCAGCUGUCCAGCCCCACAGCAGUGGCUCAGAGGGAGAAGAAAAACCGAGAGGCUCUCCUGGGGGCCACAGGGCCGGAGCGCUAUGACGUCCUGGAGCCCCACCUGGUCUCGGCCGACUCCAGCUACAUCCAAGAGCAGCAGCAGCUCAUCAUACAGGACCAGGACGAUCAGCUGGAGCUGGUGUCUGGGAGCAUCAGGGUGCUGAAGGACAUGUCCAGCCGGAUCGGGGAUGAGAUGGACGAGCAGGCUGUCAUGCUGGGGGAGUUUAAUGAGGAGAUGGAUCAGACUGGCUCCAGGAUGGACUCCGUGCUGAAGAAGAUGGAGAAGGUCUCUCACAUGACCAGCAGUCGGCGGCAGUGGUGUGCGAUUGGAGUCCUGGUGGUGGUCCUGAUUGUCGUUCUGAUCCUCAUCUUUGCACUUUGACCUUUGACCUCCGAGCUCCUCCAUUUCCUACUCCUGGUUAGGAAUCGGGCGUUGGGAAACGACGGAUGGAUGUAAGAAUGGAUGGAUUGAUGCACAGGCAGGGAAGAAGGGAACGCCCCUUCCUCUCUUCCUCCCUCUCUUUAGCACAACGAGGGCAGCCCCGACCAGAACGCACACUUUUCACUCUGCUUUUGGGCUGGGCUGACAUCAUCGUGACAUCAUCAUUCAUUGGCGCCCACAAGACAUAUUCAAAUCAAACAGUGGUGGGACAUCACUGUUCAAGGUCGACAAGAUAAUUUUUUUGUAAGACGAGAGUUCAAUUGUUGAUUUUAUUUGGUUGAAUACGGUACUUGUAUCACGGUAGAUGUUCACAGCAAACUGAAAGCUGUGUUAACUGUUGUCUUAUUCUAUUUUUGUACCUGUUUGCUCCCGGUAUUUUAUGAAAAAAAAAAAAGGAUGUGUUUUCAGAUGAAGCCAGCAGAAGCAAUUGUAUUAACCACGGAAGCUAAACGCAGUAUCUAAUCAGAAAUAUAGAGCACAACGCCUCCUUUUCAGUGUUCUUCGUUUAUAUUGCCACUGCUGCCCCCUGGUGGGCGAACAAACACAGCGCGGAGCAUUUUGUACAGUGUUCCGUUCAUUUUGUUGCUUUGAUUCACUGGCUUCCAUUUUAUGAACUUUUGACGGUGGGUGGAUAAGUAUCCCGGCGCGGUUAUCGAUGGGAGGAGGCCGUUUCCGUGAUAUUUCUAUCUCCGCUGUGGGGCAUUCUGCUCCCAUGAAGUGGCAUGUGGCCUGGCUGUUCGUUCCACAAACCCACUCCUCUGUUUUAGGAAACAAUGGCUCUAAUACUGGUUCCUGUAAAAGCCCCUUGCCGCAGCACUGAACUUUGACCUGGUGCCCCCGCGCUCGUAGCUGCCUCACGGCCCAUUACAUUACGUUACACUCCACUGUACAAUGCCUUAAUGUCAACUUCGUCACCACGUCUUCUCCAUUGUGGGGAAAAAAACGACUCGGUGCAACAUAUUCCCCAUUUCUGGCGAUUUGCUAUGCCUUACGACCACCACCCUCGUUACAACUGGUCAUGACUUGUUUUUGUGUUAUCACACAACAUAUAAAAGGAUUUCAUAAUGGAGGUGUGUAUCUUGUAUACUUUGUAUAUUGUAUCUUGACCCCGUUAAGUUGCAUUAGUUCCGAUUUGUCUACAUAUGAGCUAUAUUUAAAGCUCCGUUAUAGUUCAGACUUUUUUCAAUUUUACUUUAUCAUCACUGGCGAGGCCUGAUUGAUUUCCUUUCAGUCAUAAUAUAAACAGGUGGUAUAUAUAUUGGAUGAAAUGGGCUACCCGCCAUUUCCUGUAUGGUCAAAUAUCAUUUAGGCUAAAUGAUGCCAUCAUUUUGUGUUUGUGUUUUCUUGUUUCAUUUUCGCUAAACUUUAGAAUUGUGAUUAAUGUUACCCGGGAGGUAUCCUCAGUAGGUGUGUGGGCAUAAAGAGCACGCCGUCGGUACUUCUGUGAAGAUGGAGGCAUCUUCUUCGCGCUUCCUUGAACAUCGUGACAGGAAAAUAUACUUGUGUGGACACUGUAGAUACAAUCGUUUUUCUUUUCUUUUUUAAAUCGGUGUAUCGGUGCUUACCUCCAGCGUUUGGUUACACCUGACCGUCGCACGUUUCAGUAAGCUACACAACUGAAGGCCCGUCCUUGCAACGGUACAAAAGUAGUUUUGAUCGGAAUGACUGGUUGGUUUGUAGCUUCGGGGAUGAAACCAACAAAAGUCCAAGAUCGUUGGGUUUGUUUCGCGCGCUAUUUUUUAAAUCUGCAGGCGCAUGAAUGCAACUGCUUAGAUGGAGUUUCCCAUAUCCUUAUGCUGGUGUAAGCCAUCUGUUUUUUUCUCUCUUGACAAUACGCUCGCCUUGCCCGCAGCUGACGGCCAUUUCCUUCUUUGGUAUGGAAACAGCGAAGAUAUUGUCAGUCCUUUUUUUCCCUCAACCUUUCGCGUCCUUAAUUCCUCUUAGGUGGAGUCAUGGUUACUCACGACUGGCGUCUCUCUUGCCUCCCUCCGCCUCCGAAAUUAUUGUACAUGGUAAAAAAAAAAAAAAAACAGUACGAAAGUCGACUCACAUGUCAAUUGAAUUCAUUGUUUUUAUAUUGAUGCUCUAAAGCGUUUAUUCGAUUAAAUAUUUCCUCAUACUGUAAUUAUUGGAAAACUCAACAUGCUUAAUAUGCUCUUAAUAAAUGAUGUGCUUUUAA